AUGGUAGGGGGAUGGGCCGCUCCCAAGGAUGGAACCGUGAGGCUGGACCCCGGAGUGCAGCAGCAGCCGCUGCCCAACCCCUUCCAGCCAGGCCAGGAGCAGCUUCGGCUUCUGCGGAACUACCUCCAGGGACUGGAGAAGAUGGAGAAGGAGCCAGAACACAUGACCCGGGAGCAGGUUCUCCUCUACCUCUUUGCCCUCCACGACUAUGACCAGAGUGGACAGUUGGAUGGCCUGGAGUUGUUGUCCAUGCUGACCGAAGCUCUGGCACCUGGAGCUGCUGAUUUUCCGAUCGCAAACCCGGUGAUCCUGGUAGUGGACGAGGUGCUUGAGAUGCAGGACCUGAAUGGGGACGGACUAAUGACCCCUGCAGAGCUCAUCAACUUCCCAGGAGAGGCCCCUCGGCACAUGGAGCCCAGAGAGCCCCUGGAGCCACAAGAUGUUGGGAGGCAGUCCCUGUUAGCUAAAAGCCCAUCAAGGCAAGAGCUGCAGGAAGCCCUGGAUCCCAGAGAAGAUGGGGGAGGGGUGGAGGCCAAAAGGGAGUCCUCGGAGCCUGUACAGGAGGCUGGAGGACAGGCGGAGGCUGAAAGAGAAGCCCCAGGUCCCGGAGCAGAGGCUGGAGGACAGGUAGAGGCCAGGGACCUUGGAAAGGAAGCAGAGGAGCUUCCAGGGGAAACACUGGAGUCUAGGAACACCCCAAAUGAGGUUGAAGGUCACGUUAUUCAGCUGGAGAAUGAUGAGAUAUGAACCUUGACAACAGAGAUUCGCACCCCUAGAAGUCUCAGUACCAGAACACAAGCCCCAAAGAGUAGGGGUGGGAAUGUUGGGACGAGGACCACCUCUUUGUCCGCUUCCUGGCCCCAAUAGUAGGGGCAGGUCUUUCUGUGCAGCUCAGGUAGACCCUAAGUUGAGGGGGCAGCUUUAGGGCCCAGACAACCAAUAAAGAACCGAAUGAACUCA